UCGAGGCGGGUGGAGGUGGACGGAACCACCAGAUCGGACCCGAUAAAAGUAAAUAAUAAUAAUAAUAAUAAUAACGGAAAAAUAAAAUAGGAGGAGCAGUGGGGGAGAGUGCGCGUCGUCGUCUUCGUCCUCCUCCUCCUCCGCUUGUUGUUGUUGUGGGUAGUGUUGUUGGAGGAGCUCCGCCAUGGCUGAAGCUCUGGGCUCGUCGAGCGCGGAGAUGGAUCUCGACCGUCCCAACCUCGAGGAGUACCUCCCCACCGACUCCAUCCAAGACUCCCCCAAAAACCUCCACCUGAGGGACCUGCUCGAUAUCUCCCCCACGCUCACCGAGGCCGCGGGCGCCAUCGUUGAUGACUCAUUCACUCGCUGCUUUAAAUCAAAUCCUCCAGAACCAUGGAAUUGGAAUAUAUAUUUGUUCCCUCUAUGGUGCCUCGGAGUCGUUGUAAGAUAUGGGAUUCUUUUUCCACUCAGAGUUGCAGUCUUGGCGAUAGGGUGGAUAGUAUUUUUUUCUGCCUUCUUCCCUGUACAUUUCUUAUUGAAAGGGUAUCCCAAGUGGAGGCGCAAACUAGAGAGAAAAUUGGUUGAGAUGAUGUGCAGUGUAUUUGUUGCUUCAUGGACUGGAGUCGUAAAAUAUCAUGGACCACGCCCAAGCACGCGCCCUCAUCAGGUAUUUGUUGCUAAUCACACCUCCAUGAUCGAUUUCAUCAUUUUAGAACAAAUGACUGCAUUUGCUGUUAUCAUGCAAAAACAUCCUGGAUGGGUUGGAUUUAUUCAGAAGACCAUCUUAGAAAGUGUAGGAUGUAUUUGGUUCAACCGAACGGAGUCUAAGGAUCGCGGAGUUGUCGGGCGGAAGCUAAGAGAACAUGUUCAAGGAGUAGACAACAACCCUCUUCUGAUAUUUCCAGAAGGAACCUGCGUAAACAAUCACUACACUGUCAUGUUUAAGAAGGGUGCUUUUGAGCUUGGAUGUGCUGUUUGCCCAAUAGCAAUCAAAUACAACAAAAUUUUUGUGGAUGCCUUCUGGAACAGUAAGAAGCAAUCUUUUACCAUGCAUCUGGUCCGCCUCAUGACGUCGUGGGCUGUUGUCUGUGAUGUGUGGUACUUGGAGCCUCAGUACCUGAGACCUGGGGAGACGCCAAUUGAAUUUGCUGAAAGGGUUAGAGACAUGAUUUCUGCUCGAGCUGGUCUAAAGAAGGUUCCAUGGGAUGGGUAUCUGAAGUACUUUCGUCCUAGCCCCAAGCAUACAGAACGGAAGCAGCAGAUCUUUGCAGAGUCAAUCUUGCGGCGGUUGGAGAGGAAAUGAAGGGCCAUCUCGCGCUCCGUCUUCUUCAUUAGUUUGUUUGAUGUGAUUUCCUCUUGUUAAUCUGCAUGCUUUAUUUUCCUUGUCUUUGUUUUGGGUAGUUUUACUCUUCAUCUUUUAACACCAUCAUAGGGAGCUUCUUGCGAAGGACGGUUCCCUACUUUCUUUUUGUAAGAAAUUACAUAAGGAUUAGUAGAAUGAUAUAUUGUACACUUAUCUUUAUCUGUACAAAGUGCGAAUUCGGAUAUUUGUGAA